AUGAGAAAGGUGACGGAACCGAGUGGUUGCUAUAGGCCUGUGAGCGUACAGGGAAACAAGAGCAGUUACCGAGGCUCUUGUCAAGAAAGCACUGAAGUGGGGAUGAAAAGACUGCAGAAGCGGUUUCUCCACAAGGACGGCAGCUGCAAUGUGUACUUCAAACACAUCUUUGGGGAAUGGGAGAGCUACGUGGUGGACAUAUUUACCACACUGGUGGACAUCAAGUGGCGCCACAUGUUUGUGAUAUUCUCGUUGUCCUACGUUCUUUCCUGGCUGUUCUUUGGACUGGUCUUCUGGCUGAUAGCAAUCCAGCACGGAGAUUUGUUCAACGAUGAAGAAAUAACCCCCUGUGUUGCAAAUGUCCAUAGCUUCACAGGAGCCUUCCUGUUCUCCCUCGAAACCCAGACGACCAUCGGUUACGGUUACCGCUGCGUUACAGAAGAGUGCUCGGUGGCGAUCCUCAUGGUUAUCCUGCAGUCGGUGUUAAGCUGCAUCAUUGACACCUUCAUCAUCGGAGCAGCCUUGGCUAAAAUGGCCACAGCUCGAAAAAGAGCUCAAACCAUUCGUUUCAGCUACUACGCCGUAGUUGGCUUGAGGGAUGACAAAUUUUGCCUCAUGUGGCGCAUUGGUGAUUUCCGGCCGAAUCACAUGGUUGAGGGCUCCGUACGAGCCCAGCUGCUGCGCUACAAGGAAGACAAGGAGGGGAGAAUGACGAUGGAGUACAAGGACUUGAAGCUGCUAAAUGACCAGAUCAUCCUGGUUACACCAGUGACAGUCGUCCAUGAAAUUGAUAGCGAGAGCCCCUUGUACGGCCUAGACCGGAAAGCUCUGGCCAAGGACAACUUCGAAAUCUUGGUCACGUUUGUCUACACAGGUGAUUCAACAGGAACUUCACAUCAGUCAAGAAGCUCCUAUGUCCCCAGAGAGAUCCUUUGGGGUCAUAGGUUUAACGAUGUCUUACAUGUAAAGAAAAAAUACUAUAAGGUGGAUUGCUUACAGUUUGAAGAAACCACGGAAGUUUAUGCCCCUCACUGCAGUGCCAUGCAACUGGAUCGGAAGGAGCAGGAGUGGAACCGAACUGAGAAGACCCAGGAAAAAGAAGCAGAGACAUCAGCAUUGGAGAUCAAGCCGUUUAGUACUAACCAAAAGUCAUUUAGUGCAGUCGCCCUCAUCACCAGUUGUGAAGAGCCAGAAAACCCGGGGACAACUGGCAAUGAGCCUUCUGGAGAAACUUCGUACCAGAAAGCAGCUGUGACCUUAAGUAGGCUAUCAAUAGAGUCCCAAAUCUAG